AUGAGUCAUUUAAAGAGUUCUGCUGCUAGCUUGUUGUUACGACAAUAUAGAGAGCUUACUGAUCCAAAGAAGGCUAUCCCAUCGUUUCAUAUCGAGUUAGAUGAUGACUCCAAUAUAUUUGUUUGGAAUAUCGGGGUUAUGGUGUUGAAUGAGGACUCUAUCUAUCAUGGUGGAUAUUUCAAAGCGCAAAUGAGAUUUCCGGACGACUUCCCGUUUUCACCACCACAGUUUAGAUUCACGCCUGCAAUCUAUCAUCCAAAUGUUUAUAGAGAUGGCAGACUUUGCAUCUCUAUAUUGCAUCAAAGUGGGGAUCCUACAACCGAUGAACCAGAUGCUGAGACGUGGUCUCCUGUUCAAACGGUAGAGAGUGUUUUGAUAUCUAUAGUGUCACUGCUAGAAGAUCCAAAUAUAUCAUCGCCAGCUAACGUAGAUGCGGCGGUUGAUUAUAGAAAGAACCCUGACCAAUAUAAACAAAGGGUAAAGAUGGAAGUUGAGAGAUCGAAGCAAGAUAUACCUCAAGGGUUUGUUAUGCCAACCUCAGAUUCUGCCGCAUAUGUUUCAAAAAUAAGUAAACAGGAUGAAGUUGAGGAUAAUAAAGAUAUUGCGGAUAACUUUUGGUAUGAUAGUGAUCUUGAUGGCGAUGAAGAUGGGAAUGGUGGUUUACACGAUGAUUCAUUUUCUUUCGAAGAAGUUGAUGACGAGACAUACGACUAUCAGACUGGCUAUCGCAACGGCAGCGAUGAGGAGGAGCUAGAGUUUGAAGACGAUGACAGUAUGGAUAAUGAUAGUGUAAUGGAUAGAAAGCAACCUCAUAAAGCUGAAGACGAAAGUGAGGAUUUAGAAGAUGUAGAGAAGGUAGGUAAGAGUUUAUAG